UAUCUAUCCCACAGGACGCCGUCUCGUUCUACUGCGAACGAUUCAGGGCUCGGGUGCGUAAUUAUCCCACAGGACGCCGUUUCGUUCUACUGCGAACGAUCCAGGGCUCGCGUUUGUUUAUCCCGGGACGUCUGUAACGACGUCGCCGACGUUUAGAAAGUCGGUUUAUAAAAGAGUAUGUCGCUCCGGUACGUACAUGUCUGUGUUUACUAGGACGCCGUUAAGUUAGACGCCGGUUAGAAACUCGCGUCGUUUUAUUUACUAGAACGUCAUGUCAAAAACGCGCUUUGAAUUCGCGUGAUUAAAUCGGACAGUGAGUUGCAUAUCGAGAUUAUACGGUCAAAACUCUAGAGGUGCUCGAUUGUUGUUGUAAAUUUUAUUUUACGAGUCUUUAAUUAUAAAUUUUCUUUCACUUUCAUUACAAUUUAAAGUCGUGAAACUUCCUGGGGUAUUUAGCAUAUAGUUAAUUAAUUAAAUAAAGCCUUAAUGUUAUGUUAUAGUUAACUGUGUGUUUUAUUUCUUUUCAUUUCAUCACUCCCUGGUAUCUCCACUGUAUAAAAGCUACCCGUAUUGGCGAAACGUGGACCUCUUCCACUAUAAAUAACAGAGGUGGCGCCCGAGAGAUUUAAAUUUACUACUGUACGCCAGUAAGGCUAUUUAUUUUUCACUGAACCAAGGAAAAAUAAACUGAGACUCUUACAAAAUUGGCGCCCGAGCAGGGACUUGAUUGUUUUGAAGAUUGAACCGUCAAAAGUACCAGGAAAACCGGGUAAAGCUAGUAAAAGCGAGAAAGCUAUGGAAACAGUGUGAGGGGAGGUGAAAAGAAAGUAACAACCGUCGAGCAUAAGUACCUCUAGAGACAGUAAAGUCUCAGUGCUUCUGAGUCAAAGACUAGUGAAAUCUAGAGCGAUAUGGAAACCGAGGAAGAUUUUUUUCGGAUUUUUUUCGGAUUGGAUUGUACCGGGACUGUUGAGGAGAUGCGAAGAAGGAUAGUGAGAUUCAUUAGAGAAGGACAGGUGAGUCCUCAGCCGGUCUCAAAGCCUUUUGGAUUUCCUGGAAAUAGUGCUGUUGUACCGACAGUGAGCUCUACAGCCACCCUGACCACUACGACAGUGACAACUACAGUGACAGCAACCUCGAGUGGAUACAUUGCUGGACGUGUAGUGCCUUCUCCGGUGGUCUAUACUUCUACUUCACAGCCUGUCCCUCUGCCGAUAAAUCCAGGUAUGUCAAAUAGUUUUAAUACUAAUCCUAUACAAGUUUACAAAUGGGGGGUGACAUUUAAUGGUCGCUCGGACCCUGUAACAUUCUUAGAGAGACUGGAAGAAAUUUGUAUAGCACAGAAUAUACAUCCGGAUCGUUUAUUGCCACAUUUGCCAGAAGUUUUGCAAGGAGAAGCUGCGCUCUGGUACCGCAAUAACCGAGUAAAUUACAGGACCUGGGAAGAAUUUACUGGAGAAUUUAAAAUUUUUUAUUAUCCAGUAAAUUAUGAGGUGGACCUAGAGGCGAAGAUAAGUCGUCGAGUGCAAAGACAUAACGAGUCUGUCACGGCGUACAUCACUGAUCUUCAAACGUUGAUCCGCAGACAUGGCAGCAUCUCUCUGAAUCAAGAAUUGCAGUGGUUGUACAGAAAUUUGUUACCUGAAUUUCGUCAGUAUGUCCGAAGAGGAGAUUUUCACGAUAUUUCAUCGUUCUCAAGAAUAACCAAGGAGUUUGAACUGCUUAAUCAGGAACUGCAGCGAUCGUCCCGUACUUAUGCACCGUCCGAUGUCGAAGCCCGACCGAAUAAUACGCCUCGGCGAGACAGGCUGGAAAAUGAGCAUGCUGGAGCCAGGAGCAACCUGAUGGUUAUCCAGAGCCAAUCGCCGUCUCAGAGUAAACAGAGACAUGUGUCUGUUACUCCCCGUGUUUCAAGAUAUCCGUAUAGAGCGCCGAACUCUGCAAAACAGACUUCAGAAGCAAUCUGUUGGAGAUGUGGACAGACAGGACACUUCCGCAGACAGUGCACAUCCGAGCCCAAAAUCUUUUGUUCCCGAUGCAAAAAGACAGGUGUUCUUUCUAGGAAUUGUCCAUGUGUGAGCCCAAGAAAGCGGGAACCAAACCGCACAGAAAUAUCCCAGGAACAACAUUAUUCACCAACGGAGAUUGUUGAAGAAUUACCACAAAUCAUACGUCAAGAAAUUCGUCCUGUUGUGAAGAUUCGCUACCGGAACACCGACUAUUUGGCACUCCUGGAUACUGGAGCUGCCCAUUCCUAUAUUGGAAAGAAAUUGACAGAACAGUGCCAAACUUCCAAGGCAAUUCCUGUCAAACCCACGGUAAAAGGAGCGAGACUUGCUAAUGGUGCCACGGAGUCCAUUAGCACAGCAUUUAGGAUGAAAAUCCAAGUAGGAGAGCAGUCUCUGAAUGAGGUUUUCCACAGUCUAAAAGACUUAGUUUCGGAUAUGAUUAUUGGUAUGGAUAUUCUGGGCAAACAUGACUUCCAGAUUGAUUUACGAACCCGACAGAUCCGAUUGAAUGCUAAGUUGAUCCGAAGCUCCGCCGAAGGUUUACAAGUAAACCCGAAGAAAAAUGUUGAACAAACAACCGAGAAGUUGAGGAAAGGUCAACGUCAAGCAUCCGUUUCUAAAGGCAGUCGCCUUCCGAUAAAAACGAGUCUACAGAGCCCUGUAGAAGAGUUCCGCAGACGUCAAACUAACAAGUUUUCUGACUCCAAAGAUGUAUUGCUUAAAAACUCUGAUCGAGUUCCGGUGGAGAAGAAUGUUUGUUGGCGAUGUGGAAACCCCGGACACCUACGUGGUGUAUGUCAAAGAAGAUUUCUUUUGUUCUGUUCCAGAUGUGGGACACUCGGCGUGCGAUCACAGGAUUGCAAAUGUAGAUGUAUACCAUCCCGUUCAAAUCACUCCGAAUCCUGGGCUGAUGGAUGUUGGUUAAGAGGAGGAUCAACAGUCAUCUAAACAGUAUCUAAAAAAAAAA